GCUCUGACACGGUCUGAUGCAGAAAUGCUUUUCCAACGGGGCGCUGCGUCUAGUCAGCUAGGCUAGCUUCUCGAAUUGGGAAAGAAAAUAUUUGGCCGCUGGCUUGCGAGGACUGUGGACAUCCGUUGCGAGCAUCUUUUUCGAGACGCCUGCAUUAAUACAAUAUAUUUAAAAGGAGAUAAGAAGAGGUGGCCAUCAGCAGUCAGGUCAGCAGAAGUAUCAGAACGGCUUGUUCUCAGCUUUGAUGCAGAACAGUCUCCCUAGGUCAAGAUGACUGAAGAGGUGAUUGUCAUCGCCAAGUUCGACUACAUGGCCCAGCAGGACCAGGAGCUGGACAUCAAGAAGAACGAGCGCCUCUGGCUGCUGGACGACUCCAAGUCCUGGUGGAGGGUCCGGAACGCCACCAACAAAACUGGCUUCGUCCCGUCCAACUACGUGGAGAGGAAAAACAGCGCUAGAAAAGCCUCGAUUGUCAAGAACCUCAAAGACACACUCGGAAUUGGGAAGGUAAAGAGCAGGAAGGGAGGGAUGAGAGACACCGCUUCCAACGCCGACACGGACAUGAGCACCGAUAACGGCGAGAGGCUGUACGACCUCAACGUGCCUGCUUUCGUCAAGUUCAGUUAUUCUGCGGAGCGUGAGGACGAACUCUCUUUGGUGAAGGGCACGCGGGUGGUGGUGAUGGAGAAGUGCAGCGACGGCUGGUGGCGCGGCAGCUACAACGGACGGUCUGGCUGGUUCCCGUCCAACUACGUGACGGAGGACGUGGAUGGGACGGCGGGGGGAGGGGGCAUGGGCGGCCUGGGUGAUCCGGCUGCCGGAUCGCUGACUGAGAAGCUGGUUGACGUGGUAAGAAGCAGCACGAACGGAAACAGAGUGUUGCACACGGUUCAGGCGCUUUACCCCUUCAGCACUGGCAACGACGAGGAACUGAACUUUGAGCGGGGCGAGGUGAUGGAGGUCAUAGAGAAACCAGAGAACGACCCAGAGUGGUGGAAGUGCCGCAAAGCAGACGGACAGUUGGGCCUGGUGCCUAAGAACUACGUUACUGUUCUUGACUCCAGCUCCCAUAAAUCCACAGCAGGGCCAGCCGGGCCUCCAACGCCUGACUGUGACUACAUCUCGCCCUCAGGCAGCGGGCGCUUUGCUGGGAAGGAGUGGUACUACGGAAAAGUGACGCGCCACCAGGCAGAGGUGGCGCUAAAUCAAAGAGGCAUGGAGGGAGACUUCCUCAUCCGAGAUAGCGAGUCAUCGCCAAAUGACUUCUCCAUCUCCCUAAAGGCGCAGAGCAAGAACAAGCAUUUCAAAGUGCAGCUGAAGGAGAACCUUUACUGCAUCGGACAGCGCAAAUUCAACUCUAUGGAAGAGCUUGUCGAACACUACAAAAAGGCUCCCAUCUUCACCAGUGAGCAGGGAGACAAACUGUACCUGAUCAAAGCUCUGGCCGCAUCCUGAUCCGAUCCUCACACACACACACGCGCACUCGCAUAUGCGCGUGCGUGAGCACACACACAUGCACAGAGAUUAAUGGCUUCCAUAUAUAAAACAGAUCCUUACACCAGAACACACACUAACAUUUCUGCUCCAAGCCUGAAGACUUAACACAUCAUCAGGACUUAAAUGGCCACUUUGUGAGCAUUCCAAGAGGAGAUAUGGAAAAAGCAUGGGAGAGACGUUGAGAGAGGGCUGAAGAAAAGACUUUACGGACCCCGAGAGAUGACUACAGGCCUCUUGGUCGCAUUUUAAAUUAUCCACCUUAGGUCAUAGGCAACGGCAUGUAUUUCACCCUUGGUAUCUAUUAGGGUUUCAUUUAGAUUUCUUUAUGUUGGUAAUAUAUAAUCUUUUUUUUUAACAAUUUCCUUUAAAGAUGUGAUUUUUACAAUUUUUUUUUUUAAACUACACGACUGAGAUAUUUUUAGAUGACGACUUACUCAGAGCCAUGCCUACAGGUCUUACACGUUGACUCACUUUAAUGUUUGUCUUAAAGCUUUUUUUUUAUUUUUUUAUUUUUUUUUUUUUUUUUUUUUUUUUUUUUUUUUUUUGCUUCUUUGUGGUUGUGGACACAUUAAUUCACAACCUCAGCUAAUCAUUGAUAAAAAAAAUCAAGUGACCAAACUAUAUUUAUUUAGAUUUGUUAGGAUCUGUGUUGUUGAGAUUGAAAUGUUACAAUGCAUCUGCUUUUUUUUUUGUUUUUUUGUUUUCCUCCAUUUCUUGUGCAAAGUAGGCUUUUUUUCUGUUGUUGUUUUUUUGUACAAUAGAACUGCUUGUGCCACAUUUUUGCUGUAUCCACAUCAUGUGAAUGUUACAAAGAGGAGGCAAAUUACUCGGCGAAUCUCAUGAUGCAAAUAAGUAGAAUAGUGUCAAACCAAACUCCCUUUUAUCUCCCGUUAAGAGUCCAUUUCACAGCUGGUAGAAAUCGACUUUUUUUUUAAUUUUUUUUACUAAUACCAACUUUUGGGGAUCUGUCGUUUCUGAUUUUGAUUGAUUUCUCCCCCUGCCCCCAAAAAAGAUUAUAAAACAUGAGAACAAAUGUGUUUCAGGUUUGGAAUCCAACAGCUUAUGAAGGAAUUACAAGAUUAUCCACAUUAAUGGACCAAAGUCCAUGCCCCUAGCUGUUAUCUGAUUCCCCCUUUUCUAAAUUAGAAAAUGGCAUCAAAAUACAUUUUACUGCAAUCUGCAGAAUUAAAAUGGUGGGAGCUAUUAGUUUUGUUGAAAAAUCUAUGCUCUUAAUCUGCUGAUUAAGCAAAAAAAAAAAAAAAAAAAAAGCAGAUUUUGAUCAGAGCCAUGCCUACAGGUCUUACACGUUGACUCACUUUAAUGUUUGGUUCAUCUCUGCAAACUUUUUUUUAUUUUUUUUUUAUGACACAUGCUGCUUUUUGAUGGGUUUAUGUAGAAAGUUUAUAGCUUAAGUGUGCUUACUGAUAGUGGGAGGAAAAAUCAUAUUUUUCACAAAUUAAAGCUGACCAAAUUGGUCUACCCUGAUCUCCGGUUGAUUGGUUAGUGCACCUCUAGGUUUUGGGAGUAUCUUUGUGUCUAAAGUUCACCGUUGGAGUCAUGGAGUCCUUUUUUUUUUGUCAUCAGGAAAAGAAAAUGUAUAAAUCUAGUUCUCUGGAACAGAGAGGGGAAGUGGAGGACUGGCUCAGGCAGCCAACAGGGUGAUCUCACCGCUCCUAAAUUAGUGAUUACUAAAGGGAAUUGAGGGUCACUGGGAGGUCAAGUGUGCGUACUUGCAAAGCAUGGAUAUCAUACAAAAAAACCCCCCGACCUAUUCCUUGCACAGGCAGAAAAGAUCCAAGUUUCUAAUGUACAGCGAAGGUCUGGAGUGAGCGUUUUUUUUUUUUUUUUUUUUUYWUUGAAAGGGGGCUAGGUAGAGUCUGAAUGUGGAAGGGCAGCAAUCAAAGCUGCAGCAGACAGAGUGCUGGCAGGGAGCAGCUCCAGCAGGGGGAUGAUGAUGAUGAUGAUCAUCACAAAGCCUGCGAUGAUGAGUUCUCCAGCUGCAGCUGGUUGGACCCGGGCACAAAAAGAGGAGAGGAUGAGGGAAG